AUGAACAACCCUUCUAUCACCGUGCAGGAAGCAGCCGGUAAGAGGAGCCGGCUGUUGUUGGACACUUCAGAUCUAACCAUCAGUCAGUACAGUCUGCUGGGGCCAACCCCACCUCGAUCCGCACCAGGCAGCCCGGCCACAGCCACCCGAGACCCCCCCUCAGCCGCACCCAGUGCAGGGAGGGAGGGUGGGGAGACGGUCCCAGCAGAGGUUCCCCCGAAGAGUGACCCGGAUCAUUCCUCUGGACCUGAGUCCACUGGGGAGGCCCGGGGAGGAAACCAGCCUGACCCUGACGCACCUUCAGAGACAGCAGGGUCCGCCCCCACCACACCUGAUGUAGCCUUCAGACAGGAAGUUGGAUCUGCUGCAACUGCAGGUCCCGGUGAGCCCAUCCCAGAGUGUCCUGAUCCCCCAAUGUCCACUCUGUCCACAGAUGUUAUAGCUGAAUGUGCUCAAUCUGCAGCAUCUGGAAAUCCUCCUCCACCUGACCUCUCAACUGUUGAUGGAGAAACAGAAGACCCGCCCACACAGGAAGUUGUUGCAUCUGAUGCAGCUGCAGAUUCCUGGGACCCCACCCCAGACUGUCCAGACCCCCCAAUGUCCACUCUGUCCUCAGAUGGUCCAGCUGCUCAAAGGGAUCAAUCUGCAGCGCCUGAAAGUUCUCCUCUUCCUGACCUCUCAACCUCAGGUGGAGAAACAGAAGACCCCCUCUCCCAGGAAGUUGGGUCACCUGAUGUACCUGCAGAUCCCAGUGACCCCACCCUAGACGGUCCCGACCCCCCAAUGUCCACUCUGUCCUCGCUGCAGUCCACAGAUGUUCCAGCUGAUCAAUCUGCAGCGCCUGAAAGUUCUCUUCCACCUGACCUCUCAACCUCAGGUGGAGAAACAGAAGGCCCCCCCGCCCAGGAUCCCCACCCUCCAUCUGCACCUUGUUUACAUUGUCCAAUGAAAAUCAGCCUUGGGUCACUGAGGGAGGCGAUUAGUUGCAGCUCUAUCCCACAGACGCUCUCUCACUCCGACAGAGCUGUGUACCUGAUCGGAGGAAUGAAAGACAGCUGGGAGGAGGAGAGGUGUGAGAGUGUUGCCGAGCUGCCAUUGGACAGCGUGGCAAUCAUCAGAGACCUUGUUACUGAGAUCACUGAGGUGGAGACGGUCAUCAGCCCCCGUCCCAACAGCGGCCAUACAGCCUGA